GAAGAGAUUUCAGAGAAGCUGGAGAGUGAUAGAGAUGGGCUGCCGUUACUCGAUCGAAGAAGCAUCCGUACCGUUCAUCGGUGUCCGAGUCAUCAACAUCAACGGCGUCGUGGAGCUAUUCGAGUUGCCCGUCGCCGCCGGUGAGGUCACCGGAAACCCGUCCAGCCACGUUCUUUGCUCGGCGGCCCAUCUUCUAUCCCCGGGGGCCCAACCGCUCCGGCCGGACGACCGGCUAGAAUCCGGCCGGCUGUACUUCCUACUCCCAAGCUACGCUCUCCAGGCCGGUCCGCUCGAUUUAGCCGCGCUCGCCACACGGCUCACCAAUUUGGCCCGAACCGCUCAAGUGAGAAAGGCGAAGGUCGAGUCGGGUGCGCCCGGAGCGGGUUCAGUUCCGGCCGGAGUCGAUCAGGGAAAGGUUCGAAUCCGGCCCCGGCCACACGUGUGGCGGGCGGGUCUGUCUGGCGGCCGGUUCUGUCAACCGUGCGGGAGGUUUCUUUGUCUCAAUCCAUGGGUUCGCAAUCUAUGA